CAUUGACGUCACGAAGAGAGGAGCCUAGAACUAGUUCACCUGUCAGCCGCUUAAUAUCGUAAUGACAUUAGUUAGACGAGCUACAACUUUUCUUUGUUUGGUUUUUAAGUCUCAUACCUUUUAUCGACUGUUCAACGCGAAAGGCACUGAUAACCCACGCCGUAAAAAAAUAUUAUGGAACCUUUAGCGAAACGGUAUCUAUUUUCAUGGCUGUUUGUGGCUUUAAGUCUUCACGUGUCCAGUUUACAUUUUGCAGUAGCGACUUACUACACAGCCUACCUAAACGUGUCGUUUAUUGAUCCUGCAAACAACGAAACCAUAUCGCGACUUGGGGAAAGCGGACUAACGGUAUAUGGACAAGAUUCUCCUAAAGUAACGGUGAUGGGGGACGUUUAUUUACCUGAUCCGAUUUACAGUUGCGAAAGUGAUACUUUUUAUGAUGUGCCUAGUGGGUCGAAGGGGUGGAUCGCCAUAAUUCAACGCGGCUACGGAUGUACUUUUUCACAGAAGAUCAAUGUUGCAGCCAGUAAAGGAGCUGUUGCUGCUGUAAUUUUCAAUGGUCUUGGUACAGACAAUACAGUCAUCCAAAUGUCGCACCCAGGAACAGGAGAUAUGGUUGCCAUCAUGAUUAGUCACAGACGGGGCAUGGAAAUUGUUGAGCUGAUCAGGCAAGGGAUUUCAGUCUCGAUGACCAUUGAGGUGGGCAAGCAGCAUGGUCCCUGGAUGAGCCACUACUCUGUCUUCUUUGUCUCCAUCUCCUUCUUCAUGAUAACAGCAGUAACUGUGAGCUACUUCAUCUUCUACUCGGCCCGUCGCCUCAACGCCGUUCGUCUACAAAACCUACAACAGAAACAGCUCAAGGCAGAGGCCAAGAAAGCCAUUGGCCAGCUGCAAGUCCGGACCGUGAAACGGGGAGAUAAGGAGACUGGGCCUGAUGCUGACACCUGUGCAGUGUGUAUUGACGCUUACAAGACUGGCGACGUGCUGACCAUUCUCACCUGCAAUCAUUUCUUCCACAAGACCUGCAUUGAGCCCUGGCUAAUGGAGCACAGGACCUGCCCCAUGUGUAAAUGUGACAUCCUCAAGGCCUUGGGAGUAGAGCAGCCAGAAGAGGACCAGCCCAGUCAUCAGUUGACCAUGCAGCCAGAAAUGACGUCCUACCCCAGGGUUCUAGUCCCAGAGGACAUCCGCAGUGAGACAGCCUCCGCAGGCUAUGCUUCUGUACAAUGCACAGAGGAGCGCAGCAGCCCAGCAGAUGAGACCCACGUGUAUGAGACGUUGGGGCACCAUCCUGGCUCAGGGUCAAUCCAGGUGGACAUCCUCCAGCCCCAUUAUGACAACCUCGCCUUUGAGGGCAACUCACGAAACCAACGGGAACCCCUGACAUGAAUGGGAUGCUCACGCCAAGCACUAGAUCUUGGCUAAUGGGACUUGCGCCACAAUCAAUUACAUUCGAAGAUGUUUUCUGUGGUCAUGAAGCAAGUGAAACCAGGAAUGUGGGUCUGAUAUUAUUCACAAAAUGAUUUAAUUUAAUUGUACUUUUAAUAAUAUGGUUUAUUUGAUUACGUUUCUUGAGGCUUAAUUACUUCAGUCAAUGUAUCACUUGAUCAGUUACUGAUUUUAAAUUGUUUCAAUAUGCUAAUUUAACACCCUCAGGUUAUUGGGAUUAGACUACUGUCCUUUAAUGGGGUUAAUAGGAAACAGUUCUAAUGGAAAAAAAGUUCCAGAGACGGUAUGCAAAUUCAGUUUAAAAGACCCUUAGAUUUCGAAAUGUAAAAAAAUCCAGUAGUUUAUGUAUCAGUAAAACUAGGGUUGUUGCAAAAUUCGGUUAACUCCCAAAAUCCCCAGGUUUUCCAGAAAUCCUGUUGAGGGAGCCGGAUUUCCUCCUGAUUCCGGAUAUCUUCCAACCGGGUUUUAUGGAAAACCGCAGCUAUUUGGGGAAAGUUACUGGAUUUUUACAACCCUAGUAUGUCAUUUUCUGAAGGUUUGCUGCUUUACACAUUUUCUAAUACUACUUGUUGCAUGGAAAAUGUAUUUUACACUGCUAUUCAAAGCUCCAUUUUACUUUUACUGGUAUGUCUUUUAAGCCUUGAUUUUAUUUAAAGUAACUGUCCAGUGUUUCCAGAUUUUCUAUAAAAUAUGACCUAUAAUUAAUUACAAUGUAAGUUAAAACAUUUUGGAAGGAAAACUAUUUAAGUAUGUUAAAAAGCUUUUUAACAUACUCAAUACGCCCACACCAACAACAGAAUAGUGUGGGUGUAUUGAGUGAUGACGAUUUAAUCAACAAAUCUGUCAUUUAAAAAAAAAGAUGAUGGGUCAAAAUCAUUACAUAUCCCAUCGAGCCAAGGUGGGAGAAGCUGCCCGUUGUCGCAGUUCCAAGACCAGUCAGAAACGUCCAGCUGAUCCUACGCCAAAGAGGACGGUGAAUAUCAAACCUGAAUUUGGAUCUGCGUUAACUAGCAAUGAUAUCCUUCGCAACUGUCGUUUUACGACAGAUAUCUCGAACCAGUCAAGACUAUAAAUCAUUUUUACGUUUCUUUACAGCAAAUUCCUGAGUUACCUAAUUGUAAAACUAGCAAAGGAGUUUAAGGGGAGGGUGCAGUAUUGAUGAAAUUUGGCAAUGAGGAUGAAAACUAGCAUAGUUUAGCCAGGGAAAACCGGGGAAAACAAGCUCGGGCAGUGUUGCAACACAUUUUCAGGGGAAGUUGCUAGAGGAAGGUCGAUAAGUUGCUAAAUGACGUUGUGACGUAAUUGCGUUAUGACGUCAUUACGUAUAACGUAAAACUGCAUCAUUACGUAGAAUACACAAUAACGUUACUCAAAUUGACUAGCCAUCUCGGCGAAAAAUAUGAUUUGACAUUUGUUAGUUUAGAUAUUAUUUGUUUAUUAUCAUAUUUUUAUUUGUAAAAGUAAUAUAAACACAACACAUUUUAUAUGAUCAGAUAUUUUAUUUUUUAAACACAACACAUUGAAUUAUUAAACAAUUACACAUUAUUGAACAAUUACAUUUUAUUUUUAUUUUCAACUAGUAAACCUACACAUUCUGAACAAUUAUAGUUUUAAGCAGUGUAUUGGUAGUUAACAUGCAACCUAACUGAUCAACAAUUAUAGGUACAAGCUAAUAACAAGGUAUAUAUGCUAUCUUAUUGAACAAGCAACUUAACUCAAAUAAUGUGUGCGCGCUAGGCAUCUCUCUCCAGGUUGUUGUGCUGCUUGGCUGGCUAGCUGCUCAAUGGUUUCCUCCAGAUAUUGCCACUGUUCUCGCACACACUGCAGUACACACUGCCACCAUCAGCUGUGUGUCUCCGCCAGUUCCAGAAAGUCCACUCCUUGCAUACGUACUGUAAAUAUGAUGAAUCAUAGAUUGGCAAGGAAAUCUUCAUCUUCACUGUCCAACUGCAUUGUCACGGAGCUGGAACCAGCAGUAGAGGAUGGAGUGGCCUUAAAGCUGUAUGCUGCUGUGGUGCCAAACUACUGCAGAACUUCACUUGGUAGUUUAUGCUGGUAACAGGUAUCACCAGCCAGCUUCAGUCCGUACCGCACCAGGAGUAUGGAGUUGUGUGCAGUGACAUUCUAUUUCUUAACUUUGACUUGACCACACUCAUUUGGCUGAACAGCCGUUCAACCUCCGCAUUUGAGUGUGGCAAGGAGAGGGCAGCGAGUGCAGCUUUGCACAGUUCUUCAAAUGGAUUUGACCCGGAAGAGUCCGUGUAGUUAUUAACUUCACUCCAAAACUCAACUGUAUUUUCAGUUGAGUCCCACCAAAACAGAUGGAUGUUUCUCCAUUGGGAAACAAUUUUAUCAAUUGUUUGGGGCUGGUAUUCCAGUAGUUCAGCUACUUUAAUAAUUUCAAUGGUGCCUUUAUUGUGCUUUAACAUUUCUUUAACACUGAACAAGGCCAUGUUUCGCAAGGCUUCAAGGUUGUCUGGGAGCCUUGCUUGCAGCUCCUUGCUUAAAGCAACAAUGUAGUUGCUGCACCGUCUCCGAAUGACCUUUUUGUCCUCUGGCGCAAGACUGAGUUGGUACACCGUGCUCUCAAAAAGGUUCCCAAGGUAUGGUGAUGGACUGAGAUGUCCAUCAAUGGCAUCCUUCAGGACAUCAAUUUUUGCCAUAGGGUUGACUACUCUGCUGCAAAUUGAUGUUAAGAGGUGUACCAGAUUGUCCAAAAGCAUGACAGGAUCUAUUUGCUCUCCCUCAAAUGACUUCACUGCAACUUGUACGUCGGACAGGAUUGAUUUCAAGAAUGUCAGGUAGACAUAGUUGGUCUUGUACAUGGCGUGGAGCACAUCCGCCAUGUAGCAAAGCUCACUGGCCUUGGUCACCUUAAAGUGGAGUUUCAGUUCUUCCCACUGGCUCGAUAUACGAGUUAACGCAGGCUCAAUCGAUAGCCAACGUGUGGCACACACUUUGGUGAUCUGCAGGGGUUUCUGGCCACAAUUAAUGGUGGCAUACACUGCUUUGUACGCCUUGCGCCGUUUUGGGGAAAUCGAAAACCAGUUGUAGGUUUCCCUGAUUAAGUACUCAACACUCCUAGGGAUGGUUUCUUUGGAUGCUGCACUGUCAGCCAAUUGUAAAGACUGGCACACACAGCGGAUUAGUAUCAAAUUGGGCAAUGCACAUUCUUCCUUUAAAAUCUUGUGCCCCCCAGUCAUCACGGACACAUUAUCAGUGCCAAUACCCUGAAGAUGAUCUUUUUUAAGGUUACACUUCUCAAGAAACUCAACUACCGCCUUUGCUAUUGAUCUGGCAUCGCCCCCCUCCAAUUCAACCAGCCCAAGAAAUGUGGACACAACGGUUCUUUUUUUUAGCACUGAAAUACCGAAUCACCACACCCAGGUAUUUCGAGACACUGACAUCAGUGGACUCAUCCAAAAGGAGACUGAACUUCUCAUCCCCCACAUCUGAUGUUACCCAUUUGAGAAAAUAAGUAGCCAGUACUCCCCUAAUCAUUUCUGUGCACUUGGUGCGGUGCAUUUGGAAGUUUGUUGCUGCCACAGAAUCUGAAAGGGCAGCUUUGCAAGCCAUACCUAAAUGGUCGCAUGCUAGCAGCGAACAAUGCAGUUAUCCACUUUCUUAACCAACUGUGGUAAUGUAGACUGCGUUGUGGGGUUGUACGGUUUUGAUUUAUUUAUAUGCUUUGCUGUAGCACAAUGAGUUUUGAUGUCAUACAUUUUUGCAAGCAUGUCUGAUUUGCAGUACGCACAGUAUGCCUGACAAUCAUACCCAAUUACUGGCUUCAGCCACCCUUUAAAUUCAGGUACAGACUCCCACUCUUUUCUGUACUUCUGGCUGUACAAUUUUGAUUGAGACAUGUUGAUUGAUGUAAGUUCUGUUCAAGAUCAAACAUUUGUGACCAACUAUAUUCAUUAUGUUUGUCUCUUCGAACGCAUACUACUACUGCUGCUGCAGUCAGCCAACAAUGACUUGCAAUUUGCUGGAAUUGCUGCUGGCCUGCUGCUGCCUCUGCACGAGCUGAGUGCCUGCUGCUGACGUCACUCACAAUGCACUUUUGCAGCCACUUUUGUGACUGAGUGUGUGACAGAGAAAAUCGGUUUUGUCAUUUAGAGGGAAAAUGCAUUUUAGCGUUUGAGUCACUUUUCAAAAGUUGCUGAAAGUUCCAAAUACAUUUUUAAAAGUAGCUAAAUUUGUUGCUAGGUGCUGGUUUGGAUUUCUUUUUGCCAGGGUAGUCUGAAAAGUUGCUAAAUCUAGCAACAAAAUUGCUAAGUUGGCAUCACUGAGCUCGGGUCUAGUACGCACGUGCACUAGGCUAAUUAGGGAAACAGAUUCUAGUUUUUAUGUCCUGAUAUUAGGAGCUGGUGGCAAAGUUUGAUUAAACAAUUGAGACCUUAAUGAAUACAUCAGAUUACUUAUAUUUUAAGGAGAGCGAAUCGAUAAUCCCGAAAUUAACUGUCAAUGGUAAAACAACACUUAAAACAAUGUUUGAGUGAACCCUGAAUACAGUAAAUGAAUGGUGAAGUCACGUUAGACGACGACUCGCCACUAUACUGGUCAUAAAAAAAUUAUAAUCCGAGUAGACCGUUGAUUGGCCAGCUCAUCCUCUAUAAGGAAAUGGCAAGCGUUUUGUAAAUGGUCUGUUUGAGAUUCAGGUUUUUUUCUUUUUUUUUUUCUUUCUCCAACCAAUUGUGCGCUUGCCCUAUGGUACUCCCAAUCACGACCGGAUGUGAUUCAGCCUGGAUUCGAACCAGGGACUCUAGUGACGCAUCUUGCACUGAGAUGCUGUGCCACUCGGGAGCCCAUACGAGUAUAGGAUGAGUCAGCAACAUUAUUUGGGUAUGAGAAUAUUAACUUUUAGAAGUGUGAUUUUCACUGGACAGUUACUUUAAAUCAUAAGCAAAGGAUGUUAUUCUCUCGAUCAAUCCUCAAUUUUCCUUACCUAGCAGAGGAGAGCAUAAGAUUGAGGAACAUUCCAGGUUCGAAAUGAAGAUUUUCGUGUCUCAUUGGCUGCGUUUAGACAGGCAGCCCAAUUCUGAUAAUUUUUUUUUUUACUAAUUAGUCUUUUGACCAAUCAGACCAGCUCUGAAAAAAAGACCUGAUGUGAAAAGAUGUGAUUGGUCAAAAGACCAAUUAGUGGUAAAAACUCAAUGGGCUGCUUGUCUAAACGCACCCAUUGUUGUCAUUGAUUGUACUUUUUGUUUACCACUUGUUUAUUUAAGGUAAAUUCCAAAAUGAGGGACUGCCCCACCUACUGUAUGCUUGUGACAUUACUCUUUCUUAUAUGCUCUGCCCCAACCCCCUGCCCCUGAUCUGUAGCUUAUUUUUUGUCUGUUAUGAGGUUGAUGCAUGUUAGGAAUGGUAUUUUUAAACUUGGAAAUAGUCUUUCACGGUAUGGCAGUAAGAGCAUCUCUUUGAACCCCCUGGCUACAUGCAAAUAUUUUAAAAUGUGUUUGACUAACUACCUGUGCUUUGUGGGUGUGUGUGCCUUAAAAUGAUUCACCGGUGCAAGAUAUAAUUCCAUGCCAUCCUACUUUGAUAGGGAAAUGCUAUGAUUUCACUGUAUUUUCAAGUAGAUUGUGCAUGCACUUUACGUGAAUGAAUUCAUUACACUUUCAAUAUAUGUAUCACUGUUUUUUUUCACUCGUCUUAACCUUGUUCAGCCUUUCCAGAGUAAAUGUAUAUUAUAGUAUUUUUCUUAAAUAAGGGACAAAAAGGGUAUUCUAUAUUUUAUUUUACUCAGUUAGUGCCUUCAUACCCCUUGACUCAUUCCACAUUUUGUUACAGCCUGAAUUCUAAAUGGUUUACAUUAGUUGUUUUCUCAUCCAUCUACACACAAUACCCCAUGAUGACAAAGUGAAAUCAUGUUUUUAGAAAUGUUUGCACAUUUAUUAAAAAUGAAAUACAGAAAUAUCUAGUUAAGUACUGACUCAGGGCUGUGAAUACAUGUUAGAAUCACCUUUUGGCAGUGAUUACAGCUGAGAGUCUUUCUGGAUAAGUCUCAGCUUUGCAUACCUGGAUUGUACAAUAUUUACACAUUAUUCUUAAAAAUGUUGAGCACUGUCUUUAUUUGUAUGUGUGGGGUACAGGUAGAGCUUAGGUAUUCAUUCAAAAAUAAUGUUAAACACUUAUUGUGCAUGGUCUUAAGCACAUUGUUACUCAUUAACUUUAGGCUUUCCAUACAAAGGGGUUUAAUACUUAUUGACUUCAAGACAUUUCAGCUUUUCAUAUUUAGUUCAUUUGUAAAAACUCAAACAUAUUUCUAAUUUGACAUUAUGGGGUAUUGUGUGUAGGCCAGUGACAUAAUCUUAAUUUAGGCUUUAACAACAAAAGUGGAAAAAGUAAAGGGGUGUGAAUACUUUCUGAAGGCACUGCAUGUGGGAAAUUUGAUAACUGGUAUAUAUUCAUAAAAUACUUUUAGAAUAUUGCAAAUAUAUUUUCAUAUUAAAAUAUUGCUUUUUGAUAAUUUGUUCAUUUUGUGUGUAUACGGAUUAAAAGCAUUUUCUGAUCUUCA